GCUGGUCUGUUGCCGGGUGACAUCAUCGUGGCCAUUGAUGGAAAGCAGAUCACCAACGCCGCGGAGGUUUCUGCCGCCGUGGACAAGAACGAAUCCCUCUCUCUGACGGUCGUUCGUCGCGGCAAACGCCUCGACAUACCCAAUGUGGCAACAGAGGCUGUCUAG